AGCUUACAGAUAAGGAGUUUUCUUCAGCUUCUGGACUCGCAAGUGACUGCUGUCAGACCUGUUAGUUGUGUGUUGGGUACAGCAUACCGUGUAGACGUUUCAUUGUGUGUUGGGAACAACGUACCGUGUAGAUAUUUCACUGAUUUCUUGGAAGAAAAAUAAAAUAUGACGAUGAUUUAUUUAUCUGCAUUGGUUCUGUGGUUGCACUUGUUUUCGGUGGCGCCGGUAACAGUUGCAGAUAUACGUCCCGAAUCAACUCUGGAGUGCCACAAGCGAUUGUACACCUUUAAAGCUACAAGAACAGACAGCAAAGGGCGCCAAUGUUGGGAUUAUUUGAAUGCAAUGUCCUGUUGGGGACGAUGCGAUUCUGGAGAGAUUGCAGAUUGGCGAUUUCCUUACAAGAGGUCUUAUCAUCCUGUGUGCAUGCACGACGAAAAACGACUGAGAAAAGUGACGUUACGACACUGCGACUUAGAUGGCGAACCUCAGCUCCGAGACUACCUCUUCUACGAGGCCGUGUCUUGUUCAUGUCAGAUUUGUCAUUCAUCAACAGCAAGUUGUGAAAGUGUUCCAUACCAAGCAAACAGAGCUCCGUAGGAUUCAAAGAACUAUUAUUAAUACUUGUGAGAGCGUAAUAGUGAUUUGGUUCUGGGCAAUAAAAGAUAAAUGUUCUGGUUGAUAACUGAUAAAAUAGAUUAUUUAAAAAUAUUGUAAUGACUAAUCUUUCUGGGUUGAUUUCGAAUAUAUAUGAGUUUAUUUACCUUUUCUGUCGUUUUACAAACCUGGCAUUAGGGAUUUCCACAUAAUAAAAUCAUGAUUUAUCUUGCAA